AUGGAUCUCAGCGAGGAGGAGUCGGCCCCUCUGGUGACCCGGGACCGGGGGGGCAGCCGGAGGUCCAGCUCUAGCGAUGGGCCCGGUCUGCAGGUCCACCUCUACUUCCUGCCAGAAACCAAGGGAGAGACAACAAUGCGCAUUUCACCUGGACUCAUCUCUGCUGAACAGGUCUGCAUUCAGGCCGGCAAGAGAUGUGGAAUCCUCCCUGUGUACCAAAGUGUUUUCGGUUUGGCGUCUGCUGAUCUCUCCUGUUGGUUUCCUCCGUCUCACAUGUUCAACCCGGAGGAGAACCUCCAGGUGCACUUCAGAGUCAGGUUCUUCUUCGGGAUCUGGUUCGGACAAGGUCCAGGAACCUCGAGCCGCUUCAGUCUCACCAGAGACAGAACCGGUCCAGUUCUGGACUGCAGCGCCAUCGAUUACCUGUUCACUCAGCUGCGGGGGGACUUCAUAGCGAGUGCGUUGGGCGUCAGUCCCCCGCCUCGCCACCAGGAGGAGGUCCUGGGCCUGGCGGUGCUGGACCUAUGGAGGAUGGCCAAGGAGCGGCAGCAGAGCAUCAGAGAGCUCUGCAGGACCGUCAGCUACAAGUCGUGCCUCCCGGUGUCGCAUCGCCAUGACAUCCAGAGACGGAACCGGCUGGAUCGGUACCGCAUCCGGACCACCCUGAGGCGGUUCCUGAAGAAGCUGGGGGGCUGCUCGGUGGACGAGCGCAGCCUGAAGCUGAAGUACCUGAUCGAGCUGGCGGGCGUGGUGCCGUCUCUGGGCAGCGAGACCUUCCCGGUGAAGCCCUCCCCCCGGUCCCGGGCGACCUUCUCUCUCCUGAAGGUCACCUGGGAACGUGGGAUAGAAACCGGCGGCGCCCGUGACCCCGACGGCGGCCCGUGGAACGCCUUCUGUGCCUUCGAAGACAUCGUGGACAUCGGGGUCAACCGGGUGUGCCGGGAGCGAGUCCCCCCCGACAGCCGGAUGGUGACCAUCACUCUAGAAGACAGGCGCUUGGAAGCCGACUUCCAGAGCCUGCCGGAGGCCCUUUCCUUUGUGUCUCUUGUUGACGGCUACUUCAGACUGACCACCGACUCCAGUCACUACUUCUGUCAGAGCAUCGCCCCGCCGAGCCUCCUGGAGGCGCUCCAGAGCCACUGCCACGGCCCCAUCACAUCAGAGUUUGCAGUCAACAAGUUGAGGAAGUCAGGAUUCAAAGGCGGGACCUUCCUCAUCCGGCAGAGUCCCAAGAGCUACGACCACUUCUUCCUCACUGUGUGUGUCCAGACGCCACUUGGACUCGACUAUAAAGACUGUCUCAUCAUUAAGAACGAGCACUUCCAUCUCCCUGGAGUCCAGAAGGCCUUCAGCAGCUUGAAGGAGCUCAGCAGCUUCUACCAGCACCACAAGCUGCUGCUGGCCGACGUGCCCGUCAGGCUGGCCCACUGCUGCCCCCCCCAGCACAAAGAACUCACCAACCUGAUCAUCGUGGGCCACGGCGGCUCCGCGGAGGCUCCUCCCACGCCCGAGAGGAACAGAUUCAGCCACAUCCAGUUCCACAUGAUCAAAUACGAAGACCUGGAGUGGGGCGAGAGCCUCGGACAGGGAUCCUUCACCCGCAACUUCAAAGGCUCCAAAGCAGAGGUCCGCGACGGGGAGAAGGUGGUGACGCCCGUGUUCCUCAAGGAGCUCGCCGCCGAGCAUCAGAACUGCUGGGAGGCCUUCUUUGAGGCCGCGAGCCUGAUGAGUCAGAUCUCACACAGACACCUGGUCCAGGUCUACGGGGUCAGUGUCCACGGACUCAAGAACAUCAUGGUGCAGGAGUGGGUGGAGUGCGGCGCUCUCGACCUCUACUUGAAGAGGAGGAGCUCCGUGUCAGUCAGCUGGAGGCUGGACGUCGCCAAGCAGCUGGCCUCCGCCCUCCACUUCCUGGAAGAGAAGAACAUUGUUCACGGGAACAUCUGUGCCAAAAACCUGCUGCUGGCCAGAGAGGACGACCAAUCACAGGGCAGCGCUCCGCUCAUCAAGCUGAGCGACCCGGGCAUCGGCGUGUCGGCGCUGGGCGAGGACGUGAUCCUGGACCGGAUCCCCUGGGUGGCCCCUGAGCUGCUGGAGGCCCCUGACAGACCGACUCUGGCCUGUGACAAGUGGAGCUUUGGUGCCACUGUGUGGGAGAUCUUCAACAGCGGGACCAGUCCACUGCGAGGGUGGGACCUGGACCAGAAGCGUGGGUUCUACCAGCGCUCCCAGCAGCUGCCGGCCUCCCAGUGGACCGAGCUGGCCGAGCUGGUCCACCGGUGCAUGGACUACCGGGCCGACUUCCGGCCCUCCAGCCGGAGCGUCAUCCGGCAGCUCAACAGCCUGAUCACCUCAGAUUACGUCAUCCUUCACGCCUCGGAGCUCGUCACGAGGAGCUCCGGGGGGAGGAGCUCCAGCCCGGCGCCAGAGGAGCAGGUCCUGUUUGAGGAGCGACACCUCCGCUUCAUCUCCUCUCUGGGGAAACUGGUGGCGGUGAAGAAGCUGCAGCCCAACAGGAAGUCCACGCUGGAGGACUUCAGGAAGGAGGUGCACACGCUGAGCGUCUUCCAGUGCGACUACAUCGUCCAGUACAGAGGCGUCUGCUACAGCACGGGUCGGCUCAGCAUGAGCCUGGUGAUGGAGUACCUGCCGUACGGCAGCCUCAUCGUCUACCUGGAGAGCCACCGGCAGGUGGACACCAGGCGGAUGCUGCUGUUUGCGUCUCAGAUCUGCUCGGGGAUGGAGUACCUGCAGACGCUACGCUACGUCCAUCGAGACCUCGCAGCCAGAAACAUCCUCGUGGCCAACGAGGCGCUGGUGAAAAUCGCUGAUUUUGGACUGACAAAGUUUAUUCCUUCAGACAAGGAGUACUACCGAGUCCUGCAGCCGGGGGAGAGCCCCGUCUUCUGGUACGCUCCGGAGUCCAUCAGCGAGUCCAGGUUCUCCCACAAGUCAGACGUGUGGAGCUUCGGAGUUGUUCUCCACGAGCUCUUCUGCUACUGCGACACGAGCUGCAGCCCAAAGAGGCUCUACCUGCAGGAGAUCGGCCUCGACCUGCAGAGUCCGUCCAUCUCGAUGCAUCUGGAGAACAUCCUGAGGAACGACUGGAGGCUCCCGGCUCCGCUGAGCUGCCCCCACAAGGUCUACAGCCUGAUGAAGCAGUGCUGGGCCUUCGACUUCCAGGAGCGGCCAUGUUUCUCCAGCUUGGGAGAACAACUGGAAACCAUCGAGCAGGAAGAGAGAGAGAGAGAGAGAGAGAGAGAGAGAGAGACAGGGAGAGAGAGAGAGAGCUGAAGGCUGAGAGGAGCUGAUGACGUAUAUGUUCAGCAGAAGAUGAAAUGUAUGUUGAAAAAACUAAAGACUUUUUUUGUUGUGUAUUUUUUUAAUGAAAGAUAAUUGUAAACAACAUA